GGGCAAACACAAAGGGACAGUAAUUGUGUUUGGACCAAUCAGACGGCGCGAAGGGGGCGGAACCGUAGCGAGUGGGUAGCAACAGUUGCCCGGGUGAGGACGAAGCGCCAUAGCCACGGUAGUCGUGGUGACAAGAACCCAGCAACGAGAAUCAACAACAACAACCACCCGAUUCAUUGAAUCAAACGUAUUAAAUCAAAAGUACCGCUGGAAAUCUCAUUCGGGAUAAGAGUCCAAUGGCAACCCCGGCUUAUGUUAGGGAGCUGCAGCAGACCUCCCAGCCCCAAACGGGCGCUGUGACGUCAACAACAGGCCAGCCCGCCACGGUGACUGUGGCCCCUCAGCAGUUCCUGGCAGAACUUCAGAUGACCAGCGCUUCGGCUGCCCCACCCGCAGGACAGACCACACCCCCUCCCGCACAAGUGCAGAAGAGCCCUGCUAUAGUCCAGGCCCCGCCCACACAAGCCCCACCCACUCAGUAUGUCACAGCUGAGAUUCAGAGUUCACCAACACAGUCCAGCAAUGACCAGAAUACACCACAGUACAUUGUUGUCACGGUUACAGAGGGAUCUCUUCAUUCCAGCGACUCUGUGUCAGAUUCCAGUCCUCCUUCGGCUAUAGUACAGACUGGAGUUCCCACACAGGUGGUUCAGCAGGUUCAGACCGCCCAGCAGAGGUCAGUGGUUCAAGCCACCACGCAGACAACGAAAACCGAGCCAGGCACACAGCUGAAUGUCACCAACUUACAGUCCGUGCACCUGCCACAGGAGGGCUCUUUCCUCAGACAGACAGGAAGUGAUGCAGAGAGAGAGAGAGAAUUUAAGCGACAGAGUCAGAUAGAGGAGUGGUUGGAGCGUAGGGCAGCAGUAGCAGAGAAACAGAGUUUAUCUUACACCUCUUUUAACAGAGCUUUGCUGGAUUAUUCACCCUCACCAUCCUGUUUCCCCUCAUCCCUACCGCUCACCUGUUCAUGCGUCACCUUCCCACUGCCCGUCAUGCCAGUGGGCUGGGAAACAGACGGAUUCUCCUACACCGCUAUACCUGUGGCAGAAACAUGCUCCUACCUCUAUGAGAUGCCCCAUGGUCAUAGCGUACAGCAGCAACUGCAGCAGGUGCCAGUCCAGCAUGUGUAUACAAACCAGGUGCAGUAUGUGGAAGGAGGGGACACUAACUACCAGACCAGCACCAUUCGCUCCGCCAGUUUUCCCUACACGGAAACCCCUCUGUACACGCAGACCACCGCAGGACAGUACUACGAGACCACCCCUGCCUCUGGUUCUGAGGCCACGUCCCCUGGCACCCCUCUGACCGUCUCCGUAACCACGGGAUCCCCCGGAGUGUCCAUGUACGUGACCGGGACGGGGCAGAUCGUGGCCAAUCCCACAUCGGCUACCGGGGGCGGGGUCACAGCCGUAGUUGCGACCUCUGGGGCGGCGUCCAACGGUUCGGGAGAGUCCGGGAGCGAGGCUAACGGCAGCGGCGCAAGUUACGUGAUUCAGGGCGGCUACAUGCUCGCUGGGAGUGGGAGCGGGAGCAGCAGCAGCGGAAACGGUUAUACGCACCCCACCCGCGCAUCUCCGGCCACCGUGAGUAUAAACGAAGGCGAGGACAAUAGCGUGCCGUCGGCAGACAAAAAGCUGUCCUCUGGCCCUCAGGUGCAGUGGUUACUGGACAACUAUGAGACCGCUGAAGGGGUGAGUUUGCCCCGCUCCACGCUCUACUGCCACUACCUGUUACACUGUCAGGAGCAAAAGCUGGAGCCGGUCAAUGCGGCUUCCUUCGGGAAACUCAUACGCUCGGUGUUCAUGGGGCUGAGGACCAGACGCCUGGGCACUCGAGGAAAUUCCAAAUAUCACUACUAUGGUCUGCGGAUCAAAGCAAGCUCGUCUCUGCUCCGACUGAUGGAAGACCAGCAACACCUGGCCAUGAGACAGCAGCCCUUCUCCCAGAAACAGAGGUUGAAGCCGGUGCAGAAGGUGGAGGGAAUCACAAACGGGAUGUCAUCCGGGCAGCAGCAACAGCAGCAGAAUUCCGGUCUGUCGGACAUCAGCACCCAGGUGCAGCAGUACCAGCAGUUCCUAGAUGCGUCUCGAGCCCUUCCAGAGUUUCCUGAUUUGGACCUUCAGGGUAAAGCAUUACCAGAGGGCAUUGAGCUGGAACAUCUCAAGAGCUUUCAGCUCCUCUACAGAGAACACUGCGAGGCCAUUUUGGAUGUGAUGGUCAACCUGCAGUUUCCAUUGGUGGAGACACUUUGGAAAACAUUUUGGAGAUUCAGCGAAAAUCAAGCAGGAGACGCGGCAUUAGCUGUGCACGAUGAGUCAGAGAAGCGGCUGCCCAAGUCAUGUUUGGUCGUACUCUGUAAAUAUGAUCCAGUGUUGCGCUGGAGUCGUGACUGCGACAACACGCUGUACCAGGGCCUGGUGGAGAUACUCAUCCCAGACGUUCUAAGACCCAUUCCCAGUGCCUUAACGCAAGCCAUCCGAAACUUUGCCAAGAGCCUUGAGAGCUGGCUGACAAACGCAAUGAUGAACAUCCCUGAAGAGAUGGUUCGUGUCAAGGUGACAUCUGCGAGCGCGUUUGCGCAGACCCUGCGCAGGUACACCUCUCUGAACCACCUGGCCCAGGCAGCUCGUGCCGUACUUCAAAACACGGCGCAGAUCAACCAGAUGCUCAGCGAUCUCAACAGAGUGGACUUUGCCAACGUGCAGGAACAGGCCUCUUGGGUUUGCCGAUGUGAGGAUCGGGUGGUCCAGCGUUUGGAGCAGGACUUCAAACUGACCCUCCAGCAGCAGAACUCCCUGGAACAGUGGGCAGCCUGGUUGGAUGGUGUGGUUUCACAGGUUUUAAAGCCAUACCAGUCCAGCGCAACCUUUCCUAAAGCAGCUAAACUCUUUUUGCUCAAAUGGAGCUUUUACAGCUCUAUGGUGAUCAGAGAUCUGACCCUCCGCAGCGCUGCGAGCUUCGGCUCGUUCCACCUCAUCCGUCUGCUCUAUGAUGAAUACAUGUAUUAUCUGAUAGAACACAGAGUCGCUCAGGCCAAAGGAGAAACGCCUAUUGCAGUCAUGGGAGAGUUUGCAAGUCUCGGCCGAAGUUUGAACCCACUGGAUCCUGAUAAAGAAGAUGAAGAGGAGGAGGAAGAAGACAGUGAGGAUGAAUGCCAGGAAUUGUCUCUGCAGUCAGAUGUCGGCACUAUUGGCGACGAAUCCCUGGAACCACCCGCCAAACUGGCUCGAACCGACCAGAGGGUGCUGUUCAGCACGGGCAGCAUGGACAACUGAGAACUUGCAUUACAUGCACAUGCAUAUAAAGCAGAUACAGACGUACCACAAAUAUACCUACAAGCACACACACACACACACGUAUAUCUUAAAUGACAAAUCAUUUGUGCCCCUACAGUUCCAAAAUAUGCAUCUACAAAGCCGAAGUGCUGCAGCCUACGCAUUUACACAACGUCUGUACAUUUUCCUCAAAUAUGAACAUGCACAAAUGCAUUCACCGCAUUGCACGCAAGAUGAACACAAUCACCACUUAAACCACCACUUUCAACAGGGUUAUAGAGAACCUUUCUGACUGAAAAUACUAACAAAAACGCUGCACUUAGAUCUUGAAGAGUUGUUUGCAAUGGACUGAGCUCUGAUUGGCUAUUGAACUCUUGAUCAAAGCUGUCAGCCUAUGACUGGAUAGAGAAAAGAUUGACUCUUAAGUGUCUGUUUGUGUGUCAACGUGUAUCCUUUCUGCCUCUCCGUGUGUUGUUCGUGUGGUGACGAGUGAUUUUUAUUGGCUAGGAUGCAAGCGUGUGGUUUCGUGACUGUUUGUGUGUAUAAUUGUGUGCACGUGUGAAUGACCGUUGUGAUUCUCAAGAAGUGUUGAUAGUUUCGUCAGUGGUAUUUUCGAAGACGUACAACCUUUUUUCAGUUCUCGAUGCCUUUAGCGACUGCCGUGUCAUUUGCUGUUUAUAGGCCAGCUCUUAAAAAACGGUUACCCAUAAGCCUCAGGGCACGUGUUUGUUUUUUUUAGAGCUGGUCGGUACCUUUUAAAACAGUUUGUUAUUUAGUACUACUGUGGUCUUUAACCCGUCAUGAAGAUGCCAGAAAGAAAUAUUUUGUUCCUUAUUUCCACUGAGAUUUUCGUUAAAUUGUUUUUAUAAAGUUUUACGGUUCCGUAAAUUUUUUUUGCACUUUCCUUUUGCCAUAUAUCGUCCUAAUUGUACAAAACAUUAAAUGUUUCCAGCCUUAUAUAUAUAUAUUUUUUCUAUGGUCACAAAGUGACAAUCCGUGUGCAGUGUUGUCUCACACCGUUUAGUGCAUAUUUGAUGGUUUGCUGUGUAUUUGGGAUUUUGGGGGAAGAUAUUUAUUAGCAAAGACGCUUGACCUGAGCUUUGCCUGUAUGAUGUACAGUAAGCAGAAAAAAUAACCCUGAGUCCUUAUGUUGUUGCAAACCCUUAUGAUUCAUUACACAUACUUUCGGGUUUGAAAAAACAUAAAGGUACUUACAAAAUGUACAUGUUUUGGUCACCGUUAUACCACAGUUUGUGUUGUUUAAAAUUCUUGUUUGUGUUGAGGCAUACGCUGACAUCAUUAUUUAAAAAUCUAUCCCAUUUCAUUCUGUAUAUAUGUGAACUUGGAUUAAUGCUACUGUGUAUUCGACAGAAAAGUAAGCGGUGGGGUAGCACACGAGGAGUUGACUGAUCUCAGACCAGCAUGUUUUUUUCUUUGCCUUUGAUAUAGAACCGCAAGCAGACAUAUCACAACCCUCUCUAUGUAACAGCCAUUUAAAUAACAAAAGGAAUUUCACUUUUCACUGUUUUCUCAAAAAGCUAAAUGUGUGGCAGUGUUUCGAGUAACCAUUGGUAUGGUUGUGCCUUUGGAGUUAUCAAAUGAAAACCAGAUGUUUUUAAUUGAAGCUAUGAAUAAAUUAAUCAUUUCUAAAAUUGUGAA